AUGCUCAAUAACUCCCUAAUAACUAAUAAUACCCCCUUAUUCCAAUACCCCCAGCAAAAUUAUACCUGUGAUAACUGCAAUAAAGAAUUCCAACAGAGUAAUCUUUAUUCAACAGCCAAAGAUAAACAAGAAUUAGCCCAACAACCAACUUAUUGCCCGAAUUGUAUUGAACCAACCCUCAUAGUUCCAGUGCCAACCAAUCAAAAAAAAACUAAGUCUAAGCCGAAAAAAAACACGGUCGCUUAUUAUCAGUGUAUGUCGGCUUGUUGCCAACAAGGAAUUAGUCCGAAAAAAAUAAGUCAAGUGGCUCAGGAAUGUAAGCAUAAUAGUCUGACUAUCUUGGCCGAAAGAACCCAAGAAAUUCAAAAACUAAAUCAGGCUUACCAGCAAAUUGGAGUGAGUUAUAGUUUAAUUCUCGAUAAACGAACUGCUAAAUUGGAAAAGAAAAAUGGCAAGGAAUUGGCAGAGAUUGAGAAGUUGAAGAAAGAGAUGGCAAGAUUAGCCAAAUUAACCCUCAAAAAACGGGGAGAUAAAAACUAG